AUGCCGUCCUGGAAGGACCAUGUCAAUAAGCUCAAGGGUGAGUUCAACAACAUAAGGACAGAGGUACAGGCUGGUCUGUCGGGGCAGCAGCAGCGGCAGCAGCAGCAGCAGCAGCAGCAGCAUUCCGGAUAUCCGUCCGCCCCUCCCCCGCCUGCCCAAGGCACCUCCGCCUACUGGAGACCACGCUUCCAGCCCGAUAUCUCCGUGACGCAGGAGUGGGACGCGAAGAUGGGGAACGGCCCCGAUGGAUGGGGUAACCAGGAGCUACAGCAUUACACCGCGCUCCCCCAGAAUGUCUUCUACACAUCCGACGGCCUUCUUAUCCUGCGUGCGCUGGCUAGCAGCCAGGAGCCCAACCCGGAGAGGAAGCACACGUCUGCCCGGCUCGUCAGCCGCCAGACCCUGGCCCGGGACAGAGGUUCCCUGACGGCCGUCAUCCAGUCCCCCUGCGCCCCGGGUAUCUGGCCUGCCUUCUGGCUGCUGCCUCAGGAGCCGUUCAACUGGCCUGUCGAUGGCGAGAUCGACAUAGCCGAGACGUGGAACGGCGACUGCGAGAACCACUCGUGCCUGCACUGGGGCCAGCACCAUGAGCCGCAGAAGCACCGCGUCUUGGGCACCAAGAUCCACGACAUGCCCAGCCGACCGGUGAGGUACGACUUCGUCUGGGACCAGCCAGGUGGUCAGCCUGGACAGGGCCGCCUCGUGUGGUACAUCGACAGUCGGCCCGUCAUGAAGGGCCACAUCCCUGCCGGUACGCGGCCCAUGAGGGACAUGACCGUCCUCCUCAACAUCGCCAUGGGAGGCAACGUCUGCAACGGCGUGAGGCCGGCUGACGGGUACUACGAUAUGGUCGUAUACUCCCUCUACGCGUCGGAUGUGCCGGAGCUGGGUGGCUGGCCUGGUUUUGACCAUGCCUGGAAUAACCCUGCCACGCCAGAGGGGAGUGGGUACUAG